UCUCUCAUUUUAAUAACCUCUGGCUGGGGCAGUUGCUCACCGGCAGGGGGCGCCGUAAGGGAGGGAUUUCAAGGUGCAAGGCCUAUACCCAGGUGAAUCCUUCCCUUUCUCCUCCCUUCUGGACCUACCCUGCUAGCUAACUUGACUGACUCCUGGGAUCCUCGGCUUCUACCUUGACUCGAUUGGACUUUGCCAAUAGAAAAGGACACUCUCCCCCACUCCUUAUGGACGCUGGGAGGCAGAGUCGGCCAGGAAGCUCUAGGCCACUCCUACCUGAUUCUCCGCCCACCUCCACUUGUAGGCUGGCCUGGCUGACCGAGUCUGGCUGACCUGUCUAUUUCUCAGAGAAGGAACUACUGUUCCGGGACAAGCCAGCAACCUCUGGGAGGAAUUAGCCAUAAAGGCCCUUGGCCUUGACUGGCACUGGGUGCAGGAGAGCCAGCAGCAUCUAGUGACCAGGCGGAUGUGCCCCCAGGAGAGUUCCUUCCAGCUCUCCCAGUUCCUUCUGCUGGUGGGGAUCCCAGUGGCGAGUGCUCUCCUUCUGGUUCAGUGCCUUCGCUGGUAUCGCUCUCGCUGGCUGCUGGGGACCUGUCUGAAGCCAGAUGGGCAAGAAGAGCCAGUGUCCCCGUCCACUCCACUACCAGAAUACGAUGCUCCAAGGCAGUGCCCACCAGCCACACUGCCAGAGAUAGCUGCCUUCUACCAGCAAUUGCACACGCCCACACAGGGCCAGACCAUCAUCCGACAGCUGAUGAACAAACUGUUGGUGUUUUCGGCUCGAGAGGUGGACCACCGUGGCGGUUGCCUGAUACUCCAGGAUACAGGCAUUUCCCUGCACAUCCCUCCAGGUGCUGUGGCCGUGGGCCGCCAGGAGCGGGUAUCCUUGAUUCUGGUGUGGGACCUGUCAGAUGCCCCGUCACUGUCCAGGUCUCAGGGGCUGGUGAGCCCUGUGGUAGCAUGUGGCCCCCACGGAGCCUCCUUUCUGCAGCCCUGCACCCUCACGUUCAAGCACUGUGCCCAGCAGCCCAGCUACGCCCGCACCUACAGUAGCGACACCUCCCUGCUAGAUGCCAAGGCCUGGAGGCCCCUGGGUCGGCCGGGGGCCCACACGUCCCUGGAUGAGUGCCGCAUCCUCCUCUCCCACUUCAGCCUGUACACCUGCGUGCUAGAGGCGCCUGUGGGGCAGGCUGCCCGUAAAUGGCUGCAGCUGGCCGUCUUCUGCUCGCCGCUGGUGCCUGGGCAGUCCCACCUGCAGCUGCGUGUCUACUUCCUGAACAACACGCCCUGUGCCCUGCAGUGGGCAGUGAACAACGAGCAGCCCCACGGUGGGCGUCUGCGUGGGCCCUGCCAGCUCUUCGAUUUCACUGGGGCCAGAGGUGACCAGUGCCUGAAGCUCAAGUACAUUUCUGAGGGUUGGGAGAAUGUGGAUGACAGCAGCAGCCAGCUGGUUCCCCAUCUCCACAUCUGGCAUGGAAAGUGCCCCUUCCGCUCCUUCUGCUUCCGGAGAAAAGCAGUCAAUGAGAAUGAGGACUGCUCAGCAUCAACCAAUGAGAUCAUUGUCACCAUGCACACCUUCCAGGAUGGCUUGGAAACCAAGUACAUGGAGAUCCUCAGAUUCCAGGCAUCAGAAGAAGAGUCCUGGGCAGCACCACCCCCUGUCUCCCAGCCGCCCCUGUGCAAUAGGCUGCCCCCAGAGCUCUUUGAGCAGCUGCAGAUGUUAUUGGAGCCAAACAGCAUCACAGGCAAUGACUGGAGACGACUGGCCUCUCACCUGGGGCUCUGUGGCAUGAAGAUCCGGUUCCUGUCCUGCCAGCGCAGCCCCGCCGCCGCCAUCCUGGAGCUGUUUGAGGAGCAGAAUGGCAGUCUGCAGGAGCUGUACGACCUCAUGACCGCCAUGGAGCGGCUGGACUGCGCCUCGGUCAUCCAGAACUACCUGAGCCAGACACCCAGAGGCAGCCCAGCCCCCGCCCGUGGGAGCACCCUGGAGAACCAGGGCUUGGAGCUGGACGAGAAGCUCUGAGCGUCUGCUCUCGGGGGCGGGGGAAGCCGGGGGUGUGCUCCUCUGCCCAGAAAGAAAAUGGCAGCUCGAUGGACGUGCCCGGAGUCCUCUUCAGAAGCCAUAGUCCAUGACCAAGGCCAUCCAAGAUACCAGAGCGCUCUCACCCGCGGGCUGCACCCCGACCGCCCCUGCGCCCACGAACUUUGUUCUGCAUGCAGGUCCUCUCUUGGCCAGCAGGGGGCGCGGGAGCCCAGGAGAUGGCCCCAAUCCGGCCAGCCUCUUAGAAGCUUAUUUCAUAGACCAGUGGUCUGCCAGGUUGCCCCAUGGGCACCGCAUAGCAACAGUUUAGUCUACAAGGGUUCGCUGAACACUUAGUAAGACCCAGCACUGGCCUGGGGCACUGGCGAGUACUGGAGUAUCUGAGGUGAGGCCUCGAACCUUGACCAGCACAGGUUCCUUUCAGGAAUCAAGAUGACCUUCACAUGAGCUGAGGGCAAACUCUAAAAAUAGCAGGUACCUGUGGUUAGGGGGUGUGAUGGUCUGCUAUGGAUUGUGCUUUGUUUUAGGAGUCAAGAAGGCAGGGACGUUGAAUAUGGCCCUGGGAUAAGGAGAGGGUUUUAGGGAGGAUGUUGGGUGGUGUUCAGUUGGAUUUAGGGGAAAGAGCUCAACUGUGCACAGUAGGAGCCAAGAGCAAGCACAGAGGACCUGAGACAUUAAAGAGCUGCCUGGGUGGGCAUGAGGGAGGGUGGCAGGAAGGUUUUAGAGCUGGGCAGUCACAUCUGCUGUCCACAAUCUCCCCUCGCUUCCUUUGCCUCUCAUGUUCCAGCUCAUGCCUGUCUUCCCCUCUCUGCAGUUCUCUCUCUCAUAAAGCAUUCAAGCUGAGAAGAAGCUGCAAGAUUAACAUUCUUGCCCAGUCUUUAUAUCUCUUCACCUCCAACUGUGUGAGUUUUAAGUCUCUGACUUCAUUUUUUUGUUUUUUGCCUCUAUUUCCUGCUGUUGUUCCAUCUCUAAAUCUGCUCACUGACUGCCUUAGCAUCUUUUUUCUCUACCCAGUUCCUGUGCCCUGUCUUUGUGGGUUUCUUUCUGUAUUUGAAAUCCUCAAUCAUUCCCCUCAGGCAAAUGUAUCCAAACCAAUGUUACGUAUAUUGGAAGAGACAGGGCUACCCCAGGAAUGAAUGGGGCUAUUUUACCCAUGAAACAAGACCCAGAUUAGGGUCAGAAAAUAAAGAAAGGGGUAGGUCGAAAAACUUCCCACUCAAUCAACAAAUACUUAUUUAGCACUUACUGUGUGUUAGACACUGUAUACAAAAGAGAUGGAUAGGCUGGGCCCUGAAAGGAGAACAGAGGAUUUGACUGGAUUCUAGCAAUGCUUUUGUUUGCAAACAGGUGUUGUUAAUCUGUUGAAGGGACAGCAGUCUCUCUGGCAACCCUAACAGUUUGCUUCUAUACUUAAUUAAAAAUAUUAAUGCUUUUUUUAUAAUGAA